AUGGCGCCUAAGGAACCCUACAAAGUUCACUCCCUCAAUAAGCACAUAGAGAACACAAAGAAGGGCCUAUCGGCUGAAGCGCAGUUCAACCGCCGCCCUGGCAACCGUGCUGCAACUAUCAAGAAAGAGUCGAGCGACCCAAACAACAUUUUUGCCAACAACAAUGGGGAUGACGAUGAUGAGUCUGGAAGCGGAAGCGAUAGCGAUAGUAGCAGCGAUGGCCAGGCCGAUUUUAUCUCCAAACUCACCAGUACCACCAAACCUACUUCUGCCACUCCACGCCGUCGUAGCAAAGAUGAUGAAAUCGCCGAUAGCGAUGCCGAGCGCAACGCGUCCAAAAAGAGCACUAUUGUGAAAAAGCCUACUCCUGCCAAGUCUAAGCCUCAAUCCUCUAGCGAUUCAAGCAGCGAAGACGAGUCUGACGACGAAAAGACCAAAGCAAAGACUAACGGCACAACUGCUGCAAAGGCGUCUGAGAGCACCUCGAGCUCUUCGGAGUCAGAGAGCGACAGUGAUAGCGAUGAGGAAGAUGACAAGGCACCCAAACCAUCCACCAAAAAGCAACAGCCUUCUGCCUCCACUAGCGACUCAUCCAGCGAGGACGAAAGCGAGGAUAAAGCCGAUGCCAAGGCUAAGCCUCCUCUGAACGGCAAAGCUGCUACUACGUCAGACAGCUCAAGCGAGGACAGCGAGGAUGAGAGCGAGGAUGAAAAUCAGGGUGUGAAACUUGCUGCGAAACCCCCCGCUAAGCCUGCCGCUCCCGAGCCAGACAGUUCUUCAAGCGAGGAGGAGGAUUCUGAUGAUGAGAUGGUCGAUGAAUCCAUGCACAUUGAGGAUCGCGAGGGACAGCUCGCCCUACCCAACUUCAUCGCUCCCGACUUUGUCCUUCGCAAAGGCGAUGAUGGUACAAACGGCCGCGAUGUUGCUGAGAUCUGCAACAAGGCGAACCUAGAGGGCAAGCAAUUUUGGUACUUCACAGUUCCUUCCAAUGUGCCCAUCUCAGUUGUUCAGAAUCUUGAGAUCCCCAUGAACCAGUCUCAGUCUACCGAUAAGCUGUUUUCUCACAAUGGCGAGGACUAUGGUGUCUCCUUCGAGAGUAUUGCCCCCAAGGGAAAUAUCCAAAUCAUGAUUCCCUCUGAUCGCCCUCAAUACCAGCCCGUCACCAAGCAGAUCGACCAAGUCAUGCAGGUCAAGAAGAUCACACAACUUGGCUCUACUAAGUCUGUCGCUCCUGUUCCCAAGCCAGCCCCUCGUGCUCAACCCGCUGGUCUGAAGGCUCGAUAUCAACCCAUCGGAGUCAACGAACCCAUGGGAAGCAUCGGGGAUGAUGAGGACGUCGAGAUGGGCGAUGCUCCCGUUCUGUCGACCAAAGCUGCCAAGAAGGAAAAGAAGCGCAAGUCAAAAGAGACUUCUGACAAGAAGCAGAAGAAGGGACAGAGCAUCCCCGAGCCCCCCAGCUCUCAAACAAACGAAGCACCAACUUCUGAUACGCGCAAGAACAAGCGAAAGCUAGCAGCCUCUGAAGAUGAUGCCGUCGCCGUAGCCGAGCAACUUCAAGAGGAGGCUAAGCUUGCAGCGAGCAAGUCCAAGAAGCAAAAGACAGCCCGAGAUGGAAGUCCCGACCUUGGCUCUGAGCCAACGUCUGCAAUCGCAAAAAAGUACACCCCUGUCUUGCCUCCCGCAAUCCCCGCAGUAGGAACCCCUACUUCCAAGUCUGCUUCUACGGCUGUUGCAAGCAGCAAGAAGCAGAAGAAGGUCAAGGAGGCUUCUGUGCCCGCUCCCCGACAGAGCGUGGUACCCAUACCCUCUAUCCCCCACUCCUCUCCUCCCAGGUCCUCUCCUGCGCGCGCUCCUGCAUCACUGCCUCCUGCCUCACCUAGCCAGAGUAAGGAGAAACGAGCCAGAAAGCGCAAGGAUAAAGAUGGCAAGAAGACACCCUCGGGCAAGAAGGAGACCCCUGUAGUCCCCCCUGUGCCUCUAUCUUCCUCGGAAUAG